CUUUUUCCAUCACUUCCCUCUCCAAGGCUACAGCAAGCUCGGAGCUCUUCCCCACGCAGAAUGCCUGCUUUCCCUAGUGCUCGACUUCCAUUGUCUAAUUCCCUCAUCCUAGCUGGGGAAAGGGAAGGCUGCAAGUCCUUCCGUUCUGAGGAACUCCAGCUGAAUGCAGCUUAGUCGCUGGUGGCGUUUCUUGGCCAGUUGCUGUGGUCUCAGGGAUCGCCUGUGAGCCUGUGGUUUCUCCGAGCUGCCUGAGAGUCAGGUCUCAGGAAUCUGUGAGUCUUUAGUAUCAGACUACAAUCUCUGACCUCCGGGUUUCGCCUGCAAGUCGACGGAAAGAGAUCUAUCUACCUGCGGGGUAUCUCCGUAUCUACCGUAAUCUUAAGAAUCUUUCGGAACGCCAGGUCUUAAGGAACUCUGUGGCUUUGGGAUCUGUUUGCAGCCCCCUUAAAUCUUGGAGCCAGCGACCUUGUGGCUCUUUCGCCAGCCAGGAGUGCUGUCUGCUAGCUGCUUUUCCUGCUCUCUCUCCCGGGAGGCGAACCCUUGUGCCCGAGAUGGCAGCCACCCUGCUCAUGGCUGGGUCCCAGGCACCUGUGGCAUUUGAAGAUAUGGCCAUGUAUCUCACCCGGGAAGAAUGGAGACCUCUGGACCCUACACAAAGGGACCUUUACAGGGAUGUUAUGCAGGAGAAUUAUGGAAAUGUUGUUUCAUUAGAUUUUGAGAUCAGGAGUGAGAAUGAAGUGAAUCCGAAGCAAGAGAUUAGUGAAGAUGUAGAAUUUGGGACCACAUCUGAAAGACCUGUUGAGAACGCUGAGGAAAAUACUGAAAGUGAAGAGGCCUUUGAAAGCAGAGAUAGGUCAGAAAGACAGUGGGGAGAUUUAACUGCAGAAGAGUGGGUAAGCUAUCCUCUCCAACAAGUCACCGAUCUGCUUGUCCACAAAGAAGUCCACACAGGUAUCCAAUAUCAUAUAUGUUCUCAUUGUGGAAAGGCCUUCAGUCAGAUCUCAGACCUUAAUAGACAUCAGAAGACCCACACCGGGGACAGACCUUAUAAGUGUUAUGAAUGCGGAAAGGGUUUCAGUCGUAGCUCACACCUUAUUCAGCAUCAGAGAACACACACUGGAGAGAGGCCCUAUGACUGUAAUGAGUGUGGGAAAAGUUUUGGAAGAAGUUCUCACCUCAUUCAGCAUCAGACUAUCCAUACUGGAGAGAAGCCUCACAAAUGUAAUGAGUGUGGAAAAAGUUUCUGCCGGCUUUCUCACCUAAUUCAGCACCAGAGGACCCACAGUGGUGAGAAACCCUAUGAGUGUGAGGAGUGUGGGAAAAGCUUCAGCCGGAGCUCUCACCUAGCUCAGCACCAGAGGACCCACACGGGUGAAAAGCCUUACGAGUGUAAUGAAUGUGGCCGUGGCUUCAGUGAGAGAUCUGAUCUCAUCAAACACUAUCGAGUCCACACAGGGGAGAGGCCCUACAAGUGUGAUGAGUGUGGGAAGAAUUUCAGUCAGAACUCUGACCUUGUGCGCCAUCGCAGAGCCCACACAGGAGAAAAGCCAUACCACUGUAAUGAAUGUGGGGAGAAUUUCAGCCGCAUCUCACACCUGGUUCAGCACCAGAGAACCCACACUGGAGAGAAGCCAUAUGAAUGCAAUGCUUGUGGAAAAAGCUUUAGCCGGAGCUCUCAUCUCAUCACACACCAGAAAAUUCACACUGGAGAGAAGCCUUACGAGUGUAAUGAGUGUUGGCGAAGCUUUGGUGAAAGGUCAGAUCUAAUUAAACACCAGAGAACCCACACGGGAGAGAAGCCCUAUGAGUGUGUGCAGUGUGGAAAAGGUUUCACCCAGAGCUCCAACCUCAUCACACAUCAAAGAGUUCAUACAGGAGAGAAGCCCUAUGAAUGUACCGAAUGUGAGAAGAGUUUCAGCCGGAGCUCAGCUCUUAUUAAGCAUAAGAGAGUUCAUACCGACUAAGUCCUGUAAUUAUAAUGACUGAGAAGUGAUUCACUGAAGAUAUAAUUUUAUUUGAUAUCAGUUCCCUCAAGACUGAGGUGCUUUUAUUGUACUCACUUUCCUAGUUGUGGGCCACACUUUAAAACAUCAAAGAAGACAAGCCAUUUGAAAUUCUGACCCACAGUUUUGGGACCAUUAUCCCCUCCUCCAAAAUCAUGAUUCUUAUUCACUCAAUCAAUUACUUCAUCAAAAUCAGUCCCACAAGGAAAUCAGAAGACCAGGGGACGAAUGCUGAUGAAUUCACAGGCCUGAAAAUGGAGUAAAUCUUUAAAAGUUAUUUCUUCCAUACUUGGCCCAAAGAACUGUACUAGGGAAAAUGUGGGACUGUCAUAGGGUGGUCACAGCUAUUUUGGAAAAAGGCGGUAAGAAACUAAGCCUGAUUUGCCACAUCUAUUCACACACCAUAGUAAUUGGGCACACAUCUUCCCCCCAGAAGGGCUUUUUCCUUGAGUUUCUCAUGCCUUUGUAUCUUUCCAUCUUCCUGAGAGCAAAAUUCUGCACAAUGAAUGCAAUGAUUAUAACUUUUCUCUUCCUUGUUGUUUCCAAUUGACUUGUUUAAAGCUUUCAUCUCUGUGAAAGCUAACUGAAGGUACUGUUUAAAAAGAAAAAUGAGACACGGGUUUGGGACAAAGGACCCAUCGACAAUGGUGAUGUUACCAAAAGAUGCUCACUGUUAUUAUUGCCAUUAAUAAGAUUUAGGAAUUUUCUCUGGGGAUCUCUAGGGAACAUUGCAGGGAAAAUAUCUUCAAGGAAAGAUAGGACCUUAAGUGAUCAUGGAGUGUAAGGAGCAAAUUGACUCCUUCAGGGAAAGAAGCACAGACUCCCUUCCCAUGAGAUAGAGUUCAUUUCUGUGUUCUUUUUCCUCUAAUCUUUCAGAUCAAUUCUUCUUAUCCUGCUAACUCUAGGAUUUAAUAAGGGUCAUAUCCCAAUGUUUAUCUUAGCUUGCAUCAGGGCAUGUGUAUGUACAGUGAACUGUGUAUUCCUGUGGUUCUUCUAAUAGCAGAAACUGAAUUCACAUAGAAUUAGCAUGUUCUUGGGUGAUAUGGAUCAUGUGACAAAACUACAGACAUAACUCCAGUGUGAGAAAUGUCCUUUUUUUCAUUCUUUAUGGAAAAAAGUUUUAACACUAGUGCUCUAGUGUGCCAUCUUCUGUAAGGUCUGUGUACAGAACUAAGCACUUGUUUGUAUAUGUUUAUGAAUUGUGGGAGAUAAUGACUGGACAAAGAGGUUGACUGUCCUGUUUUCAGACUGAAUUAUCUUCUAUGGCUACGAAGAACUCUUCAGCCUAGUCAGAAGGAAUUAAUGAAUCUAGGUAAGAAUGUAUUUUCAUUGUCCCAGCCUACAAAUACAAGUGGUUAAAAAUAAGAGUUGACCCAAUUUAAGCCCAGUAGUGUCAGUUCUCCUUAUCUCAGCCAAAGUAGGAAUUAAGAAAUAUCCCAAAUGUUGAUGAUAUCCAAGCAUGUGAGGGUGGAAGGGAUUGGUGCCCAGGAGCUGGAGCUGGAGUAAGGAAUAUCUUUUAUUUUGAGAGUGCCCCAAUCUAUUUUUACUGUGCUUUAUUGUGAAUGUUGUUAACAUUUUAAAAAUGCUCUUGCCAUAGCUCUUUGGGACUUGGCAUUAAAGGAACCAGUGGUCUCUCUUGGGUAGUGUAUGCUAACCAGUUACUAUGAUCCACAGCUGUGUGGAGGUGCAUCACUUGCAAAUGACACCACCUUGAAAAUAACAAUUAGAAGCUACUCCAUCAAGGAGGUUUCUUGAAGAUGCCACUCCUAUUUAAAUACAAACUUGGGCAGGGAGCAUGUUUUUUUUUCGAUACAAAAUCUAGCAGACGGUGGGUAUUCAUAUUUUAAUUGUUGGGUAAUGCAUAUGAUAACUAAACUCAAAUGUGUCUUUUCCUGUAUUAGUGCUGCUGCUGAUGGUUUUAAUAAAUAUGAAAGUUCUCCUGUU